GCACACAUUCAGUACGCACCAUCAUUGUGAAUUGAUGUAGCCAAAAUAUAUAAUACUGCUGCUAUUAGACCCCGUAUAAUAUUAUUACUUCGAUCAAACUGAGAAACAUAUCGUUUUUAAUGGACAUAAGCAGUUUGAUUCUCAUAAAAAUCUAAUCAUGGCUGAAGCAUUAAAGACUGUCAUCUCCCAGAGUACAGAGUGUCCAGUGUGUCUUUCUACAUUCACCGAUCCCAAGAUCCUGUCUUGUUCUCACACUUUCUGCAAGACUUGCCUGGACAACCUAUUAGAGUGUCACGGUAAAUCCCAGAUCCGAUGCCCUGUCUGCAGAGCUGUCACACAGGUCCCAAACCAAGAUGUCGGCAAACUACAGGUAAAUAUUGCUUUGAAAAGUCUGAUAGAUGACAUGAAGGGCCAACCUCAGAUUUGCACAAAUUGUCAAUCCAAUGACAAGCCCCAUGCUGAUGUCUACUGCCAAGACUGUGGCAGGUAUCUCUGCACAUCUUGUCUUAAUAAGCACUCUCAGUGGGAAGGCUUCAUCGGCCAUGACGUCAUUGCCAUGAGUGAGAUCUCAUCAGGCAAGGUGUCUGUACGUAGAUACCGCAAAUGUAGGAAACAUCCGAAAGAAGAUGAGGGUUGCUUCUGUUCCAGCUGCAGGAGAUUCACAUGCUCCAGGUGUGUUGUUAUGGAACAUACGGGAGAAGGACACAAGGUCAUCAAGGGAGCAGCUUAUGAGGACAAACACAUGAAGGGUAUCAAAGAACUUAAAUCAAAGGUGAACAAGAAACGAUCAUGUUUUCAGAAGUACAUUGAUUUUAUGGAUGAAGAGAUGAAGAGUGUUGACAAUCCUGGAAAACCAUGCACAAGUGACAUCAACGAAGCAUAUGAUGUUGCAGUCCGGCAGUUGUCAGAGAAGAGAGAAAGCCUACGAAGAGAAGUCAAGGAAACGACUGAAGGAGUAGAGAAAGAACUGGAAAGCAUGAAGACCACGGCUAAGAAGCACAUCAAUCAGUUGACGACCAUUGCUGACAUGGUAACCAACAGAACGAAGAUACCGUUAGAUAUGGAUACUCUGGCUGUACACGACACUCUGUGUGAAGAGUUACGAGAGGUGUUGGAUCACGAUGAUCCUGAAUACGAGCAGCCGAGAAAAACAAGCAAGAAGGGGAGAAGGGUAUUUAAGAGAAACAUUGGAAAUAAUGAGCUAGGCCUUGGCAAGAUUGUUAAUGUAGUUGGAAAAGAUGAGCUAGUCCUUGGUAAGAUUAUUCACGUAUUGAAAAUAAUGAUAGUUAGUUUUUGUAUAGCUCAUAUCGCUCUACGGUAUAAUAUUGCAGUUGGCCUUCGUAAUAUUUUUAACGUAAACCGAGUUGAAAAGAACAUCUUUUUGCUUACUUAUCAUGCUUAUAAUAUUGCUAAUGUAAAGAACGUUGCUUUGCCAGCUAAAAGUAGCAUGUAUGCCAUGGUUAGUACACCAGACGGUAGGAUGGCGGUAGGAUAUUAUACAGGUGGCAUCUCCAUCUUCUCUGCUGAUGGUAAGCUUCAGCAGACAGUUCUGAAGGAUGUUAACAUUUUGGGGGUAGGGUUCCUUUCUGAUUGUCGAUGUGUUGUGAUUGAUAAUAAAAAAAAAAUCAGAUUGUUCACACCGGAGUACACGAAAUUGAAUGUAAUGUUUAAGACUCUAAGUCAAGUUGGGAUUCCUCGGCUCACUGUUGAUGGUGAUGAUCAGAUCUAUGUGAGCUACUGGAAUGCCAUGAAGAUCUUGGAAUUUUCAUCAGCAGGUGGGCAAGCAAUCAGGAAGAUACCAUGCAACGGGUAUGUACCACUUCAAAUCACUAGUUACCAUGGUUCUCUGAUCACUAGAUCAGUUGAUACUAUCAGAUUGAUAGACAAACAGGGUGCUGUGCAACAUGAAUUAAAUAAACCUGGUGGCGACCUUUAUGCUGCUGUAUCUCAAUGGGAUACAAUCCUGAUAGCCAAGGUGGAGGAGGAUGAAGGUUUGGUGAGCAUUGACGAGUAUACAUAUGAAUUAAGGCACAUCCGAAACCUUGUUACUGAUUACAAGAUUGAGAAGUCGGGGAUAUAUUGGUGUUUCCUCCAGCAGUACCGAUCAGGGGAGAUCGCCUUCUGCACUCGGGAUAACCUCUAUAUAUUCCGCUGAAAAUAAUGGAUGAUAUCAACAUUGAUAUAAUAUCACAAUAUCACAGAAGGGGGGGGGGGCGAUCCCCACUGAGUAUCCAUUUUCUGCUAAAGUAAGCUGCUAUAAUAUAGAAAUACAUGAGAUAGUUGAUGGAUCAUUUCUCUCUCGUUUCUCACCCAUACAAAAGCAUUUCGCUGCUUACAACUUUUUAUUUUCAACUUUGCAUGUAUCAAGCAUCAGCUUUAUCAGGUUUAUCCUGUGUGGGGAAAUUCUCGUACUUGAAUAUCAAAGACAAUGUUGUUAAAUAUUUCAUGAGAAAUCAAAUGAUUCUGUAUCCAUAUACAUGUGUAUGAUAUUUGACUGGAAAUGAUUAUGUUGGUAGUAAUAUAUUAACCAUAUUAACCAUUUAUGUGCGUAUAUUUGUAUUCUUAUGCAUAAAUUGGAAUAUAUCGUUAUUCUAUGCUAUUAUUCUAUCUAGACAUGAUUAUAAUGUGUAAAUAUAUAAAUAUUACCUUCGUGGAAAUGUUCUGAUCUACACUCUUCAAUAUUCUUCGAAGUACUUCAAUUUCAAAAUGAAAUUAUAUUAAAUAACUUGAUUGUGAAACACC